GUGGCUGGAAUCCCAGCUUAGAAAGCAGAAGCCUCAAAAUCCGAAAUAGGCGCGGAUUUCUCAUGUUUUCUUGUUGUUUUGUUGCAAUAUUUAUCCUUCCUUCCCCGUUUUCACGUUGUAAUUUAUUUGAGUGGUUAUUGGCUUAUAUCUGCUAUAAUUUAGCCAUGCCAGGGAAUUUCGAUAAGCCGAUCCAGCCGGUUUCUCCGCGCAAGAUGUGGGACCAGCUGCCGUUUGCUGGUGGCUUCAAACGAAAGAACCCUGAUAGUUUUGAUGCCAGUGAGCCGCUUAUGGAUGUUGACUGCAGUGAAUUUACCGCGGGGUGCAGCUCAAAGCGCCUUUGCACGCAACAGGAGUGGCACCAAUCCGACUUUCGAUCAAGCCACAAUGCCAUUCUUCCAGCCACUUUGUACUCUCACAUGGUCGUGGGCGCUGGUCAGAACCAGCCAACCGGUGUACCUACCACCCCUCAGAAAAUCUACCAAGACGUCGAUGAUCCUCUGGCGCGACCGCGGGAUUGUAUGCGCGAACGUCAGAAUGUGUUUUCACAUGAUCAUUGCCGAUGGUACCUGACACCGUGAGAACGCCGGGUACAGUUUUGUCAUUAUAUUGUAGGACCGGCGGCGAUAGUCCGACCACCUCGUACAUCCGGUGCUUUUGCCGACCCAGUUGGGAAGCCAUGACAUCCGUUCUGCCUUCGGGAAAUGAUUAUUAUUGAUAAACUUUAGUACUGUACAUUUGUCCUUCAUUUCUACCGUUAGGCUCUGGUCAUAUUUAAACUUAAUUAAACUCAAUACGAGUAGCUGUUUGAUAUAGCUCUUGCAUUUUCUGGUAUUAACCGACUGUAUAACGAAACAUUGGUGUGACGUUGUGGAAUUUUAAGCGCGUGGGUUUUUUUUAACAGUUUUUGUUGCCGUAAAUUUUCUUUGUUUUACUUUAGUCAGAGCUCAAUUUCUGUGUUUUAUUUCCAGCCGAUUCCGUAUUUUUAAUUCAAGUCAUUAAAGAAGCAACUGGUGAAAUUUGAAAUGUGGAAAAAUAAUAACCGUGCAAAUA